AUGGUCGUCGGAAGGUUCAAAGGGCUUCUAAAAAAGUACGGCAAAGUAGGAUUGGGCGUACAUUUAUCCGUCUCGGCGGCCUCGAUCGCCGGCCUUUACGCCGCCGUUAAAAGCAACGUCGAUGUUGAAACGAUGCUCGAAAAGGUUGGCCUGCCUAGCUUCUCUAAGGAUAAGGGCUCAAAAAGCUCCGAUCUGCAUACGGUUAAUCUGGAAACUACGAUUGAUCGGACGGUGGAGGAGGAGAGAAACCAGACGGCGAAGCUGGCGGUGUCGAACGGCGGCGCUCUGGCUUUGGCGGUGCUGAUUAAUAAGGCGCUUUUUCCGGUUAGGGUUCCGAUCACACUCGCGCUUACACCCCCUUUGGCGAGAUUUCUUGCAAGGCGCAAUCUUUUCAAGAUGGGUGUGUGA